UUUUACUUUAGGUAAUUCCCCAUUGAUCUAAACCAGAAAACUAGGAAACCGAUUAAUGAACUAUUUGUUAUAAAACUCGCAUAAGUUUGUUGUUUAUUAAGUUUUGGCCAAGUUUUGUAGUUUCAUAGCAAAAUGUAAAACACGAUGGUUACUAUCGGGGCUUCUAAGAUCAUAAAAACAAUGCAAAAGCGACCAGAAACAAUUAUUUUAAUUCUGACAUUUGUUUUCUUUAUUCAACGUUUAUGGGACGGCGUCCACAGUUCCCCCCAGACCCGUUCUGCCCCGCAACCGACCCCCAUUAUAACCCAUCCCCCAAUACACGACUUGCCCACUGGUAGUUUGGUACACCUACAAUAUUUAUUAAGCAUCUCAGAAAUAUCUCUCGUCCUAUAUUACGCCCCAUGGUGUGAAAGGUCUUUUAGUUCAGUCAAGGAAUUGAACAAAACAGCUCAGGUUUUCCAUAAACAGGUAUCUUUCGUAGCCAUCAACUGUUGGUGGGAUCAAGGGGAAUGUCGGGGAAAUAAUAAUUUUCAAUCUUUUCCACAUUUGUAUUUACAUCAUAGAAGUUUAAAGACCCCCGUCCACUACAAUGGGCCUCAUACACACCAAUAUUUUGCACGUUUUGUUUCCAAAGUUUUAUCACCAUUCACUUACCUUGGUACAUUAGAUGUUGUGGAAGGUUAUCUUAAUAAUGGAAAGACCUCCAUUAUAGCAAGUGCUGGCGUCAACCUUACAAGCAACGAGUUAUUGCAACAGUUUCUUCAAAUAUCUUUACAAAGUUUAAGUAAAUUUCCAUCAUGGGCCAUCCAAAUGGGUUUGAUCACGAGCCCAUUCCUUCACACUACACUUGGUAUGAAGGAAGGCUACAUGAGGAUAUAUAAUGGUGGGCGAGGUGUUGGGGAAAUCUCGUUGAACUCAACAUGGGAGGUUGUGGAGGGGUGGAUGGAGAAGAAGAAAGAUCCGAUUGUCGUUCCACGUAUUUUAUCUUCUGGCCAAAAAUCAAAUUUAUUCUUCCAAGUUUUGAACAAAGGACCGACGUUGGUUGCGUUUCUACCUUCGUUGGACGACGUCACUGUGUUUGAAGAGAUUAACACAAUCUACAACAAGAAUUGCCACCAAGUUUCUACCCAUUGUUCAUCCAUUGUAACAUCACAACCAAGUAUUUGUAAUGUCUGUUUACAAAGAGAUAGUCACCCGCGAACACCCCACAACGAGGAGAUAUUUUUUCGCAGAUUGUUAAAACUCGGAUAUUUUGAAGCAUUAGCAACACAAAGUCACUCAUGUGUGCAAUCGCGGUCGUUUUACGACAAACAUAGAACGCGUUUAAACAUUUGCUGCGGCAAUAUCCAUAAAAACCACACCAAGAUUAACGGUUUAGGCUGUAGAAGCAAUUGUACUCUGCAGUUUCUUAUGGUUGAUUCAACUCAGUAUCCUGCACUUGCUACUGCUGUUAAAGUAGAUGACACAAAGUCCAAUGCAGUUAUUAUUGAUAUUCAUAAUGAAAUGGAAUAUUUAAUGAAGGGAAGUUUUACAAAGCAGAAUAUUGUGGACUUCAUCCUGGAGUUUACAAGCGAUAGAUUGCGCAACACAAGGAAGGUGUAUGGAGGUAAAGUUGGUGGUCACGAGGAUGUUUUGCAACUCAAGGAGUUUACAGUGAAAGAUUUUAUCGACAUGAUUGAUCAUCAAAACACAAAGGACACACUAGUCUACCAUCAUUCCCCUUACUGUGGAUUCUGUUCACAAUAUUCGCAUCAACUUAUUUCAUUCAAGAGGUUGUUAAGAGGUGUAAGGAACCUUGAUAUUGUGUCAGUUUCAUCUGACACUAACUCACAACUUCCACUUACGUUCCAAGCAAUAUCUUUCCCCACCUUGAUGUUCUAUCCAGCUAAUAGAUCAUCUGAUUCCACACGUUACCCACCUCAUGUUCAACUCACCCCAUCAAAGUUAAUGGGAUUUCUAUGGCAUUAUGCGUCGCCACUAACUAAGCUUCAAAUCGUUGUUGCUUUGUGUGACGAUCACUCAACCUCGAAGCAAUAUUCGUGCUUCAGCGCAUUCAUGGAAAACUUAGAAAUAUGCAAAUUAACUGGGAUUAUGAAAAGUUUGUUCCCAGCAUGAGGAAAGAGAUUGUGAGGAUAAAUAUGAUGGAGGUGUUGGCUGAGACCAUUAGAGGAGUUGUGGGGAGCAAAAGAUGUUCCGUGCCAUCUUUAUCUUCCAUACAUCAACAUCAUAAUGAUGAAUAUUUGAGGAAAAACUCGCUUGCUAGAUUGGAUGAUGUUUUAUCGAGAAGGAAAUUUGAAUUUAAUUUGGUGAAACAAGAACUCAGUGAUGUAAUGUUACCCAUUGUUUGAUCAUGAAUGGUGCAAUAAAUUUCCUUUGUACUCAG